AUGGCGUCAGCCGAGUUUUUAGAACAAGCUUUGUCUACAGACGUUGAUGAGAAUGCUGUAAACGCGAUCGUGGGUUCCCUUGAAAAUCAUUUAGUGACGUCGGUCCCGUCAAUAACGUCACAGAACAAUUUAGUAAAUGUUAUUCCAAAUCAAAUUAGCAUUACAACAAGUGAAAAUACCAUUAUUGGACAAAAAUAUAACAAGGACCAAAGUGAUGGUGAAAUAGCUGUUGGGAAUUUUCAGUCAUCUGUUGUUUCCAGUGCAUCUUUUAGUGUACCGUCAUCAUUUGUAACACAAACAAAUCUAUCUCAAAGUGUUUCUAACUGUGGACCGUUAAAAAUAAUUAGUUCCCAGCCACAAACAUUAUCAGAAAAUAGUCUAAAGUUUUCAACUCAGUCUCUUGCGAACGGUUGUGUUAGUUUAUCUUCAUCACAAGCUCAAAUUGUACACACAGUGCAGGGAAACAGUAUUGGUCCUCAUUCAGGGAUUAAAACAAUUACUAUGCAACCACCCUUGGUUAUCAAACAAGGAACGUCAUCAGGUCAAGUGGGCAUGCAACCUGGUAUGGUUACAGUUCCUAUGACAGUGAAUUCUAGCAUGUCUGGUUCUAUACCGAAUGUUAUGACGAUAAAUAAACCUGGUGGACAGAAUGUUGUAGUUACAACACAGAAUUUAGGAUCAGCGCAACCUGCUAUGUUACCUAAUGUGCAGAUUUUGAAUAUGCGCCCGGGUGCACCAAAUGUCGCAGCACAAAAGUCAGUUGCAACAGUAUCACCUCGAGUUGUGAUUGGAACUCCACAGGUGGUUGGGACGAGAGCUGCCGCUCCUGGAAUAACGCUGCAAACACUGCAAAGUCUACAACAAGGGCAGCAAGGUCAUUUGUUGUUAAAGACUGAGAACGGUCAGUACCAGCUGUUGAGGGUUGGGCCGGCGCCCGCCAGCACCCUCACGGCGCCCCAGCAGACGCUCCGGCUCUCGACUGUGCCGGCUCACCCGGGCGUGGCGACUGUUUCGACAAGUGUUGCUACACCAGGCCAAAUGGCAGGGCAGAUGCCCGCUGGGCCGGUGGCUACGCCAGUACCGGCCGCCUCUGUGGCCUCCGUCCCUUCACCGUCUCUCUCGCAGCCAACUGUUACCACUCAGAAACCCCUAGACAAUACGAAGGAGAAAUGCAGAAACUUCCUUGCGAAUCUACUGGACCUUUCUAGUAAAGAACCUAAAUCUGUGGAAGAAAGCGUGAGAAAUCUCAUACAGGAGUUGAUAGAUGCUCAGGUGGAGCCUGAGGAGUUCUGCGAUAGGCUCGAGCGCUUGCUCAAUGCAAGUCCGCAGCCGUGUCUCAUCGGAUUUCUUAAGAAAAGUUUGCCCCUACUAAGACAAUCUCUCGUCACCAAGGAACUGGUGAUCGAGGGUAUCAACCCACCAUCGCCCCAUGUCGCUUUUUCAACACUCCCUGCACCGUCUGCUCAAAUCGUCACAGCCACUAACAAUAUACAACUGUCAGAGGAUGAGGGUAGUUCGAGUCCUACCCUCACGACCCUCCUGCCCCCCGUGAUGCCGAUCCUCCCGCGACCGCCCUCACCGAAACCGGUCGCGUUGUCCAUGCAAAACAUCUCUCAGUCGGAGGACGAGGGUAGUUCGAGUCCCGUCCUGACAACCCUCCUGCCCCCCGUGAUGCCGAUCCUCCCUCGACCGCCCUCACCGAAACCGAUCACGGUGACCGUGCAAAAUGUUGUGCAGCAAAAGCCCCCACCAAAGGCGGGUAGUACGAUCGCAGUUCUCCAGAAUAUUCCAGUUCACACGAAGAUAAAUGUGACCAAAGUGGGCAAGACAAUGCCGGUCAAUAGCAAGACGUUCACAAGACCCGCGGCUGCAUCGUCGGGUCUCUCAACUGUUCUGACUGCGGGGAAGUCCCUGUUAAAAGAGAAAGAGAAGAAGUCUGGGAUGCAGUUCGCCUCACAGCCCUUCGCUGAUGAUAAGAUGGCGGGCGAUGACGAUAUCAACGACGUGGCUGCUAUGGGAGGCGUCAAUUUGGCGGAAGAAACUCAAAGAAUUCUCGGUUCUACUGACAUGAUUGGCACACAGAUAAGGUCGUGCAAAGACGAGUACCUAAUUCCUAUAUCGGUAAUGCAAUCACGGUUAAAGGCAAUUACGGCGAAGCACGGCCUAGAAGAGCCAUCGGCGGAGGUGGCCGGCAUCAUGAGUCACGCGGUCCACGAGAGGCUGAAGAAUCUAGUGGAGAAACUGGCCGUCAUAGCUCAGCAUAGGAUCGACUUGCUAAUUAAGACGGACUCUCGGUACGAAGUAACACAAGAUGUGAAAGGUCAGCUUAAGUUCUUAGAGGAAUUGGAUAGAAUGGACAAGAAAAGAAGAGAGGACUCGGAAAGAGAAAUGCUUUUGAGAGCUGCCAAGUCGCGGUCGAAAAAUGAGGACCCAGAACAAGCUAAGUUGAAAGCUAAGGCCAAAGAAAUGCAACGCGCGGAACUGGAAGAGCUAAGGCAGAGGGAAGCCAACUUAACAGCCCUACAAGCUAUCGGGCCGCGCAAGAAGCCCCGCCUGGACGGGCCCGGUGGGGCAGGGGACUCCGUUCCUGGCACAGCCAACCAUGGGGCUGGAUUUUCUGGGCGCAGUCAGCUCGCUCUAAGAACUCGGCUCAAACGCAUCAAUCUCAGAGACAUGAUCUACCUCCUGGAACAAGAGAAAGAUACGGCGCACUCGGUCAUGCUGUAUCGCAGUUAUUUAAAA